UCAUAAAAACUGAGCAGAUAAGAGGGUCUAAAGGACGUGAGCUGGACUCAUGCUGAGCUAGUCUGUGCAGAACGAACAACUUGCUGGCGGUUAACUACACGAAUCAGAGACAAAUCUGAAAAAUAGCACGAUGAGAAGAUCUACACUGUGUGUUCUGUUGGUGGUUCUGGGAUUUGGAGGCGUCUCUGCUUUAACAGCGGGCCCACAAUGCACAGAUCCCAAAGACGAAGGAAAAGGAAAGGAAAAGUUGUUGAGAUAUUUCUAUGACCCUCAGUCACAGUUCUGUGUCCCCUUCUUCUAUAAAGGAGAAGGCGGGAAUCUCAACCGCUUCGACAGCGAUAAAAACUGUACGAAAGCUUGUUCUACAAGAGCCGACCAGAUCUACCCGAGUGACGAAAUGGCCUGUUCUCUGCCAAUGGACGAAGGCAACUGUUUCGCCAUGAUUCCAAAGUAUUAUUACAACAAAGAAGAGAAGGAGUGCCGUAUGUUCUUAUAUAGAGGCUGCCAAGGAAACGGCAACCGUUUUGAUUCCCGAGAUGAUUGCUACAAGCUGUGUCUCGCGAGAUCUGGACGGCUGUUGGGAGCUGCAGGCCAGUCAAACCCUGAUGAGAAGACUGUUAAUGCAGGGCUGAUUGUGGGUGUUCUGGGUGGAAUUGUUUUUGCUGGUGCCAUUAUUUCUGCUAUUGUGAUGUUUGUGCUCCAUAAGAAAAGCAAGAAGGCAGAAAGGAAGCCAGUGCCGACAUCUGAUAUCGAAAUGAAAUAGAUCACAACAUUUAUCUGUACAUACGUUCUUAGUGCUUUUUUACCCUUUAUACUAGUCAUGUUUGAGAAGUAACAGAACAAAUGGGCUAAACUGAUACAUAUAUAGUGUCCAUGAUAACAUUUUGACUAGAAGAGUUCAGCAGUUACAUACUAAAAGAAAUCCAUGUUUUGUUUCAUAUGACAGCAGAUAUCUGAUGUUUCAGUUUCAUAAAUGUACCUGAUUAAAUGUACUGUACUUAUUAAGAUGAUGUAUUGAUGUAACAAAAAAAAAGCCUUUCUGUGUUCUUUAUUGUUUUUUAAUGAGAAAUUGAUUUAAUACAAUAAAUCAAGAC